AUGGCAGACAGCCUCAGCAUCCAUGUAACUCGUCUAGGUCAGAUAACACUGCGAAACCUAUACCUGACUCGUCUGUACAUGGAGCUGGGAAUUCUACCCGUCGUCGAGUGCAACGAACAUCAUCCGCCAACGACCGUCGAUACGCCGACAUCAAGAUGUGAGUCCUAUUAUCGAUUUGUGCUCGUGUCGUUUGAGAGGAGAAUUACGGCCCUUCGAUGGACUACUUUUUUGGCCCUUUUGCCCAACCAUGCACCACCUCCUCCGCAUAUGCCCAUCGAGGGGCCCUUAUCACUCCUCCACUCGUCGACGAAGCAAAGGAAUUUCUCGGAUCGCGUUGGACUGCAUGCUGACCUUCUGGUUUUUUUCCCACACAAUAGGGUCAACCUUCGCACCCAGAAGCGCCUCGCGGCCUCCGUGGUCGGCUGCGGCAAGCGCAAGAUUUGGCUCGACCCCAAUGAGAUGAAUGAGAUCUCCAACGCCAACUCCCGUCAGACCAUCCGCAAGCUCGUCAGCGAUGGCCUCAUCAUCCGCAAGCCCGUCACCAUGCACUCGCGCGCCCGUGCCCGUGAGCUCGCCGCCGCCCGCAGAAUCGGCAGACACCGUGGUCUGGGUAAGCGCAAGGGUACCAAGGAGGCUCGUAUGCCCAGCCAGAUCCUUUGGAUGCGCCGCAUGCGUGUUCUCCGCCGCCUGCUCGUCCGUUACCGUGCCUCCGGCAAGAUCGACAAGCACCUGUACCACGAGCUCUACCACCUGAGCAAGGGUAACACCUUCAAGCACAAGCGUGCCCUCAUCGAGCACAUCCAGAAGGCCAAGGCUGAGAGACACCGUGAGCGUGUCCUCAAGGAGGAGAUGGACGCUAAGCGUGCCAAGAACAAGGCUCUCCGUGAGCGCCGCUUGGAGCGCAAGGAGGCCAAGCAGAACGCUCUGGUCGCCGAGGCCCAGGAGUAAAUUUCUUCUGUUUGACGAACUUUGGCGGUGCGGAGGUUGAAAAGCGGGGGAUAAUGGGUUAAUCGAUCAGCCAGUGGAAUAUAAAUCAGGUCGACCAAAACUACACAGUUCCCCGUUUUUU